GGCCCCUGCAAAGGUUACGGCCUCCGGCGCGCAGCAGCGCGGUCCUGGGCACAGGCGGGGCUGCCCAACAUGCCACCGCCGUCGGCGCGCCCUCGAGCGCCCUGCUCGACUCGGCAGGGAGCAACCGCCUGGAAAGCCAACCCCGGUCGCGAUGGCGUCACCGCUCGCCUGGCGCCCAGUUUGGACCUAACUUCACGGAGAAAGCAGCGAUUCGCGCCCGCUGGGAUGCCGAUCUUCGCCGGUUCCCGCACCUCGCGAGGCUGUCACGCGCGGUCAACCUCCUACCUGUCGGCAAACACAGUCCCGCGGAUGGACGCGCCAUUCGAUCGGCCAUCAAGGGAGAUGUUCGGUGGGCUGACCCGCGGCUUGGGCGGCAUCCUGGUGGCCUGCGCGGCGGCCGCCCUGGCCCUGGUCUGGGCGCCAGGCGCCUCGAUGGCUGCUGAGCGUGUGGACACCUUCGACGCCACGGGGCUGUUGUUCAAGGACAAGGUUGAGGUUAUCGCCGUAGACGACCCCUCCGUGGCCGGCGUGACACUCUUCGUCUCCGACUUCAAGCGCUCCAUCGCCAACAAGCUGUCCAAGGACUUCUUCGACGAGCCCAGCCAGGCGGGCAUCACCUGCAGCCGCACGGGGCACGUGCAGAUCUUGGACCCCAAGGGAGUGGCGACGCCCGGGGGCCAGGAGGUGUUCUCCGAGAGCAAGGGGCUGUCGCUGUUCGGCAGCAAGGCCACGAGGGUGCGACGGCUGUGGGACGCCGACCGGCGGACGCUGCUGUACGUGGCGUACGGCACGCGGGGCCUGACGAGCGGCACAGACGAGGGGGGCCCAUCGCCGGGCCGGUACAAGACGUCCAUAUGCGCCGUGGAGGUGCCGGCGGAAGAGGCGGUCUCCUCCUAA